AUGGGUCAAAAAUCUACUCAUAUAGAUAAUAAUAUGGAAGAAGAAGAAGAAGAAUUGUCAAUUUCAUUAUGGAAAUAUAACAAAGAAAGAAAAAAAUGGUCACCAAAACAACCUGAUCAAAAUAAUCCAACAAUACAUUGGGAGAAAUUUCGUGUUGUUACAUAUAAUGUUUGGUUUUCCGGUGAAUAUCAACCAAUGCGUUUUAACAGUCUCUGUGAUAUAUUAAACAAAUCUCAAGCUCAAAUAAUUGGUUUACAAGAAAUGACAAAAAAUACUCUUCAACAACUUGCAUCACAAUCAUUUGUUAAAGAACGAUAUUAUUUAUCCUAUAUCGAUGGUCGUACAUUUAAUAGUUGGUAUGGUGUUGUCUUAUUAAUUGAUAUUCGACUUCAUAUUUCUAAUAUAAAUUUGAUUGAUUUUCCACAGUCAACAAUGGGUCGUCGUUUAAUACUUGCAGAAAUAAAAUUAGAUCAAAACGAAAUUGUACGUAUUGGUACUGUUCAUUUAGAAUCUUUAGAUAAUAAAGAACAACGAUCAUGUCAAUUAGAUAUAUGUC